AUGAACCAAUGGACAUCUAAAGAAAUUUUUUUUCUUGGAAAAAUGGGGUAAUUCUACCGUUAGCAUGGCCUAGGUAGGAGGCCAGUGCUCGUGGAGCGGAAUCACAUACAAUUGAUACACAUCACUGCCGUUUCAAAAACGAUGGAAACUCAGUGCUGAUUAUCCACACUCUCUUACCCUUACCUCACCCUCUCAUCCUCGCAAUGCCUGACUUCAAGUUCACCAUUGACGAUAUUAACCCUAUGAUUAUCUACGAGCCUUCUUCGGCAUGGAGACCAGGGAACAAGUCUGCUGACCCUGAGGCUUCAAACUAUUCGAAUAAUGGAACGUUUACCCUCUGCCAACAAAGAGGUGCAACGGCCACUUUCAAAUUCAAUGGAACUGGAGUAGGAAUCUACGGAGCGAAGCGAUCCAACCAUGGGACUUAUACCGCAAACCUGGACGGUAGUAUAAAUCGUUUUGACGGUUACUCUCAGAACAGCAUAUUCAAUCAGCCUUUGUUCGAAGCUUCUUCGCUCCAGAAUGGGCCCCAUACUCUGGUUCUGACCAAUACACAAACCAACAGUAACUUUUCGUACCUCGAUAUCGACUAUGUUACAUGGAACGUGUCCUUGGAAGACGAUAUACUCCCCCCAACAAUAACCUAUCAAGACUAUGAUCCGCGGUUUUCGUAUGAACCCUCCGAUGCCUGGACCGCACAAACAAGCGUGAAUGGAUACCAAAAUCAGAGCGGCCAUCGUACUACUCAAGCAAAUGCCACGGUCACGCUGACAUUCAACGGAGAAGAAGUACGGAUAUUCGGCCUCGUCGGACCCAAUGCUUCUCCCUAUGUCGUAACAGUGGACAACAGCACCGUCGGAACUUUCAACGGCACCACACGGGACAUGUCCUCUGGCGUCAUGCUGUACGAAACAUCAAAUCUCGGACCUGGACAACAUACCCUGACCCUUAUGAACACGCCAAAUGGCACAGCACAAACCCUCUUUAUAGCCUAUGCGGUAGUUACAGAUAAUACAACGGAUGUGUCUUCCGAUUCGUCAAGUCUAAGCAGCGGUGCCAUUGCGGGUAUAGCAGUUGGUGCUGUCGUCGGCCUGGCUGCUCUUGCUUUGAUCGUCUUCUUCUGGCGACGGGGAAAGAAAGAUAACCAUAGCAGAAGGAUGUCCUUGGACAUGGCUAGUCCCCUGGAUAUCCGGACGGCCUUGGUGGAUCCAUUUGUAAGCCAUUCAAGCACUGAUACAGGCUUCAAUCCAGCAGGGCCUCCCACCUCCGACACCAGUGCGUCAGUGCCUCGCAUGCGAUCAGAUUCGACAUCCUUGACGAAUGCGUGGCCUUCUCAUCCCUCCUCUUCCACAGACGGACCAGGGCGUCGCAACCCAUCCAUGACUCCGCUCAUGCUAGCAUCUUCUAGCGAUGAAGAUUCACCCUUCCCGACAUCAUCCUAUUCUACCCCAUUGACGGCACAAUCUCAGGCGCGGUCAAGGAAAGGUCAACCUACGGUUCUCCCGGCCUCUGAAAAUCAAUCCAUGCAACACCUCCCUGCUGAGGAGCUUCGGUCUACACGGAUGGUCGUCGAGGGCAGGGAGCAGGACUUUGGGCCUGUGCCGACGCCGGAUGUCGAUGAUGUGCUGCCUCCCAAUUACGAUCAGGCUAUAGAGCCAUUGCAUCAACGGUCAUAGCAUAUAGGUUUUAUUCGUGGUACUCUCUUAUUUAUGAACUUCAUUUGUUAUUUUGAUACCCUCUUAUUCCAGAGUAUUUAGUAUAUGCAUCAUCUCCCUGCACGAACGUCUGAUGGAUCCUUCAGUUGAGAAAAAAAAAUU